GGGGGUGGUGUAACAUCCUAACUCUUCCGACCAGGCGUUGGUUUGACGGAACACCGUCAUUACUGUGUGAUUGAAUGACCCGUGGACAGUUGUAGUAUAACACGAACUAACAGUGCAUUUAAAUGUUUAGGGUUUAACACAAAGAACGCUUCAUAAACGAAGUGACUUUAGUCAAAAGCUAUUCGCUGUCAGAGGUUAGCAUCCCCGACCAAGCUAGCCACUAGUAGGUAAGGUUAGCUCGGUUAGCUAAUGUUAGCUGACCACUCUGUCAGUGGAGCUGUGAGGACAGCAAUAUUUCACUGAUAACUUAAAGCCAAUUUAUUUGCGAGUCAUUGGCGACGUCAUAUGGUCCCACUCCGCGACCUGUCUCUGUCAAAAUGUCCACAACUUCGUUGGAUAAAGAAUUACAGGAGCGGCUAAGAGAAGCAUCUGCUAUUGGGGAUAUCGACGAAGUGCGAUCGCUUGUUGAGAGCGGCGUAAAUGUCAAUUCACAGAACGAGAUCAACGGUUGGACAUGCCUGCACUGGGCUUGCAAGAGGAACCAUAAGCACAUAGUGUCCUACUUACUCAGUUGUGGAGCAGACAAAGAAAUCCUCACAGCUAAAGAGGAGCUCGCCUCUCAGCUUACAUCUAAACCAGAGAUCAAGCGACUCUUAGGAGUUGAGGUGGAGGAAGUGCCUGAGGUCAAGGAGUCCAACUUGCCAUUUAUCCCGAAUUACCUGUCCAACCCACCCUUCAUGUAUUCCAAGAUGGACAAUAAGUCAGAGACGCUCCAAAACCAGCACCUCACACAGAACGGCUCAAGGGACUUCAGUGAAGACACGCAGAGCGAUUCAGCCUCGCUUUCCUCCACUGAAGAGCUCCAGAAACCCCAGAGUGAUGGACCCGCCCCUCCAACGAAUCCAGUCGUCAAUCACAGCCAACCUUCAGCUGCUGAGCUAGUUCCUGUGCCUGAGCAAAAUGGCGUGUCAUCCAGCACAACCUCUUCCCACAGUCACACUGUCGUCGACCGCACAGUGCCUAUGGACCUCUCAGUCGAGCCUCAUCUGGCCAACCACACCGACUACUCUCACGUGGUGGCCCACAAUGGUACUGUGAGUUCACCUCCGUCAGCCUCACCUCACCCAGGCUUGGCUAGCAGUUGCGCGAGCCAGGUUCAAGCUCCAGUGGCCAGCCCCAACCCCACCAUGAGCAGACAGCAGUCUAUUCCACAACAGCUGAGCUACAACCAGGCCAUCGGGUCCAUGCCGGCAUUUCAGCCUUUCUUCUUCACCAGCACCUUUCCCGUCAAUGUACAAGAGCUGGUUCUGAAAGUUCGUAUCCAAAACCCAAAUGCCCGGGAGAACGACUUCAUCGAAGUAGAACUGGAUCGUCAGGAGCUCACCUACCGCUCCCUUCUGAGAGUCUGCUGCCGUGAGCUGGAUAUCAGUGCUGAGCAUGUGGAGAAGAUUCGCAAGCUGCCAAACACCUUGUUACGGAAGGACAAGGACGUGGCUCGGCUGCAGGACUUUCAGGAGCUGGAGGUUGUGCUGGAGAAAGCAGAAGGCCUGUCCCUUUUCUCUGGAACCGGGAGCCUAACAGACAGACCCUGCUACAACAUGAAGGCUUCUCGCCUCACUUACUGAAAUCCACCGUGAUCCUGACGGCUCUCAGUGACAGGCUUCUGUAGCUUCCCUCAAGCAACCUCAGAUAGUGGCCCUGCCCAGCGCCUUUGUUCCAGCUUUGCUCCAGCUUUGAUGUUUUACCAAUAUUCCUGCUGGGAUUUGUUUGUUCUACUGUAGCUAUUGUCCUCCUUCUGUCCUCUUCUGGGCCUUCUGCUGCUUUAGUGUACCCAAAUCAAUUCGAAGCAAAACCUGGUGCAUGGUAUCUUCGGAAUAUAUGUGCAAAGUGUUGCACCCCCUUGUUCUUCUUUGUUUUGUUUUUUUAAGAUCUCCCACUGCACCUUGUGCCAAGGCCCGAGUGGGUCAAUUGAGGGGAAGCUGAUGUGUCUUCCUAACGGGCUGAACUCUGCAAUCGCCUUAUAAGGACAAGUUUCUACUCUGGCUGUGAGCUUAAGAACUGGCUAAGAGGACAUCAGGAAGGAUUGACACAACUUUUUCUAAUCAGAUCAUCAUCAGAUGAUCACGGUUCAUCACAGUUAGAGCACAGUGGAGCAGAUAGCAACUUUAGGUUCUAAAAAAGCGAUCUAUGGAAGGAUGUGAAAUAGUUUUGGUUGUGAAAACACACUCCUCUGAUAAACCGUAGUGUCUUCUCACAGACGUUAUCCGUUAUUAGCCAAAUUAGAGCAAGGUUUAUCUCAUAUCCUCUAACAUUUAAGUAUGGGUGGUGCAUUUGUUGGCUGCAAAUCAAACUUUGUUUUUACAUGUAUCCUCGUGGAUAGAGACAUUUUAGAUAAACAGAUUUAGAAAAUCAUAAAGCUGUGCACUGUGGUAAAAUUCUCUCGCACAUAAACACUACAUAGCUUUUUUUUUACCUUAUUUUCAGCAGCCAUCUAAUGUGAAGAGUAAUAUUAAAGUCUUGUUGGUCUUUGAUGGCAGAUCAGAGCCAUAUCUAGUGGCAAAGCUGGUGUUGUGAGGUUCCAACUUAAAUGUUUGUAAUCAAGCCUUUUGUUAAACAUAUUUGCAAUUGCUGUUCACUUUGAGAAUCGAGACCAAAAAAAAAGAAAAA